AUGGCUUUCCCAUUCAUGCGAGCAUUUAUUGCUCUUUUCCUUUACCGUUACUUUCGUCUGGUUGUGAAUCUUGUCUCAUUUUGGACUUUCAAGCCAAUUCCCCCACCGGAAAAUCCGAAAUUGACAGCGCAAGAUGUGACUGUUAUCCUUCCAACAUUGGAGGGUUGUGGCGACGAAUUAGUCGAGACGAUCAGAACGAUCCUCGACAAUCAUCCAUAUGAACUUCUACUGGUGACUAUUGAAGCAAAUAGGAAGAAGGCUGAAAACAUGCUGAGUCUAAUGCCUGCUUCCAAAUCGAGAAUUCGUCUUUUCACCGUGACCCAUCCCAACAAACGUCGCCAAAUGACAAGAGCUAUUCCAGAGGUUCGCACAGCCAUCACUGUAUUUGCUGAUGACGACGUCAGCUGGCCACGUACAGUGCUUCCUUGGAUCCUUGCCCCUUUCGAGAAAGAUGAGAGAUACGGGGGAGUUGUCACUUGUCAGCGAUUGCGUCGUGCUGUUGCGCCCACUUUCUCUCAGCGUAUCUGGGGCUUUUUGGGAGCUCUGUACUUGGAGCGUCGAAACUUUGAUUGCGCAGCCACCACGCACGUGGAUGGUGGAUUGCCCUGCAUGUCAGGUCGGACUGUUGCAUACAAAACCCACAUUCUUCAAGACGAAGGCUUCACAUAUGCUUUCACGAAUGAGGAGUGGUGGUUUGGUAAAUACCAAUUAAAUGCAGAUGAUGACAAUUUCAUCACGCGCUGGAUGGUAUCGCACGGCUGGGAGACAUUCAUGCAGUACCAUCCUGAAGCAGAAGUCUUGACAACUUUGGAAGACAAUCCAAAAUUUUUGAAGCAGUGUGCGCGAUGGUCAAGAAGCAACUGGAGAAGCAACCUUACCACGCUUUUGGGUGACUUGCUCCUUCUUUUCCUGUGCCAUAAAGCCACCAUUUCAUGGGAAGGAAACUCGCAUGCUCUGGCUAUGCAAGCCCUAGGAGUAUGGAUGUUUAUGAGCAAAUUCAUCAAACUCUUAGGACAUUACAUCCGGUACCCGGUGGACAUCUUGCUUCUGCCCGUCUCUAUCCUUUUCGGUUAUUUCCACGGAGGAAUCAAGAUGUAUGCGGUGCUAACUCUCAAUGUGAACAAAGAUUUUUACGUGUUUAUCGUUGGUGCAUAUCUCUCCACAUCCGAUUUUGCGCAAGCAACCCUCAAGCUGCCAUGUCGACUCUCCCUCGAGCCACCUCCUCAAUACUCUCCUGGCGGCUUAUUUCGGCCGUCGGGCAGCGCAGAACUACGGUAUCCUGUCGGAAUUUUCAUGCUAUCUCGCAGAAAGCUGCAGUUGCCCAUCCUAUCACUGCCCAUGGACCGCCCCCCAAAGCCCCUUCGCCAGCUCCAGAAUUCAGUCGUCCGACCGAGGAAGAAAAAGCUGACCUUCUCGUCUCUUCCUUCUUGUGUAGAUGGGGAGUACCAGGUUUUGUUAGACACGCGGCCGAUUCGGACACCCAUGAAAGAUAUCCUAUCUAUUCCUUCGACGAAACCCCAUCUUGCACAUGCAAUUGCUCUCGAGUGGGACGUCAUGACGUCCGCGCAGCAGGCUUUGAAGAAUCAUCUUAUUCCGUUGACCUCGUUGACUGCGCGAGCGGGGGAUAUCGCACAGGAAGAUGCAAGGGGCGAGACUACGACAAGGGACCAGAUUGUGAGGCUUGCCAUGCGCUAUCUGGAAACCGAUACUUUGCUUUGCUGGGUGCCUGAGAGCAAUUCAUACGCUGGCGAGGAGUCUCAGGAAAAUGGCGAGAGGACUGAAAGCCUUCGAGAAGCUCAAAUGAGAGUGGCCAAGGAUAUUAUCGCCUUUCUAGGCACAAAGGUGUGGCCUGGUGUCGACAUUGUACCCAUUCUUGACGCGGACAGCAUUUUGCCGGUGUCUCAGCCCCAGGCUACGAAGGACAUAAUCAAACAAUGGGUUUCAUCGCUGCAAUCGCACGAUCUAGCUGCUUUGGAAAGAGGAAUUGUUGCUAGCAAGAGCCUGUUGGUUGCUGUUCGACUGGUCGUCGAGUGGAGUGAGAAUUUCCGUCACUUGCAAAGAUCGGGACACAAGAAGUUCGGCAUCGAAGAGGCAGCAGAAGCCUCCAGUCUGGAAGUGAAGUGGCAGACUGAUAUGUGGGGAGAAGUCGAGGAUACUCAUGAUGUUGACAAGGAGGAUCUCAGACGACAACUUGGAAGUGUUAUCGUUGUGGUCAGCGGAGAGACCCGUGAAUGA